AUGGCGGCGGAAAAAGACGCCGAAUCUCCUUUUUCUAACACAUAUGCUCUGUCUCUUGUUUCUCUCCUCCUUGUACUUUCUUUCUUUCUUUCUUUCAUUCUUUCUUUCUUUCUUUCUUUCUCUCUCUCUCUCUCUCUCUCUCUCUUACUGCCUUCCCUCCUCUUUUACCAUCUUUUACUUUCACUUUUUCACUCUCUCUUCACUCUUUACUCUCUUUCUUAUUUUUAUAACUCUCUUUUUGUUUUCCUUUCUCUUGCUCCACCUCAUUUUUUCUCUCUUUUUAUCGCUUUCUUUCUCCCCCUCUUUUUCUCUUUCUCCUCUUUAAACCCCUUUCUUUCUCUUCUCUCCCGCUUAUCACUUCCAUCUUUUUCUCUUUUUAUAACUCUCUUUUUCUUCCCCUGCAUUUUCUCCUUUCUCUUGUUCUCCUCUCGUUUUAUCUAUCUAUCUAUCUAUCUAUCUAUCUAUCUAUCUAUCUAUCUAUCUAUCUAUCUAUCUUUGUUUUUCUUUUAUUUUUAUCUAUCUAUCUAUCUAUCUAUCUAUCUAUCUAUCUAUUUUUUUUUAUUUUUUAUCUAUCCAUCUAUCUAUCUAUCUAUCUAUCUAUCUAUCUAUCUAUUCUUUUUUUUUUCUGUAUCUCUAUCUAUCUAUCUAUCUAUUCUUUUUUUUUUUUAUCUAUGUAUUCAUUGUUUUAUCUAUCUAUCUAUCUAUCUAUUAUCUAUCUAUCUAUUCUUUUUUUUUUUAUCUAUCUAUUCUAUUUGUUUUCUAUCUAUCUAUCUAUCUAUUCUUUUUUUUUUUUUAUCUAUGUAUCUAUUCUUUGUUUUUUUAUCUAUCUAUCUAUUAUCUAUCUAUCUAUCUAUCUAUCUAUUCUUUGUUUUUUAUCUAUCUAUCUAUCUAUCUAUCUAUCUAUCUGUUUCUAUCUAUCUAUCUAUCUAUCUAUUCUUUGUUUUUUUUAUCUAUUUAUCUAUCUAUCUAUCUUUUUUUUUAUCUAUCUAUGUAUUCUUUGUUUUUUUUAUCUAUCUAUCUAUCUAUCUAUCUAUCUAUCUAUUCUUUGUUUUUUAUAUCUAUCUAUUAUUUCUAUCUUUUUUCUCUAUUCUAUCUAUCUAUCUAUCUAUCUAUUCUUUGUUUUUUUAUCUUAUUUAUCUAUCUAUCUAUCUAUCUAUUCUUUUUUUUUUUUAUCUAUCUAUCUAUCUAUCUAUCUAUCUAUUCUUUUUUUUUUAUCUAUCUAUCUAUCUAUCUAUCUAUCUAUUCUUUGUUUUUUAUCUAUCUAUUCUUCUUUUUUUUUAUCUAUCUUUUGUUUUUUUAUCUAUCUAUAUUCUUUUUUUUUUUUUAUCUAUCUAUCUAUCUAUCUAUCUAUCUAUCUAUCUAUCUAUCUAUCUCAGUCUGUUCAUAACUAUCUAUGUAUCUCAGUCUGUUCACAUCUAUCUAUCUAUCUAUCUAUCUAUCUAUCUAUCUAUUGCAACAUUGUCUGUUUCUUUACCGUUUCCUUCUUUUCCUAUCUCUCCACACCCGUCUUCUUUUAUCUUUCUCGUCACUCUUUCCAAUGUCUUUAAUCUUUUCAUUUUCUCUUCUUUUCAGUUUCUGUACUUUCUUCUUCCUCUUCUUUCCCUCCUCUUUAAUAUAUAUAUAUAUAUAUAUAUAUAUAUAUAUAUAUAUAUAUAUAUAUAUAUAUCCAUUUCAUUACAUUUUCUAACGUUUUCUCUCGCCAUAUCUUUCUUCUUUCUCUUCUUCCUCGCCUCCUUUGCUGUAUAUCACUCUCUUUCUUUAUCGCUUACUUCCCCCCUCUCUUUCUCUUCAUCUCUUCUUUCUUUCUCCUCUCCCCUCCUUUCUCUUUCGCGUCUUCCUUCUCUAUCUCUUUCUAUCCACCUCUCUUUUUCUUUCCUUAGCUUCACUUUUCCUUCUCUCUCCUCCCCUUUUAUAUAUCACCCUCUUUCUCUCCCUUCUCUCUUCAUCUUCUUUACUCGGCUGCUCGGCCAGAAAUAUGGCCGACAUUUCAAAUAA